CUUCGCUCGCCACGCUUCGGGCACGGUGGCUCGCUUCGCUCACCACCUAAUUACUAAAGGUAAUAGUUGGUGGCGUGGAUAGUAGAGGAACUAUCCCGCUGGCCUAGCUCCUCCCCCUUGCGUCGUAACUCCUCCCCCUUACGGAAAAGGUCCCUUAGCCCACUUGAUUCUAGCAUCUACCGCUGCAGCCUGUCAUUGUCCGUCGUGAUAAGACCACUGAGCUGUGAGGAACCAGAGUGUUUACUAGAUGUCACGUGAGGAUGAGAUGCAUCACUGAUUCCAUGAGAAUGGAGAACGACAGCAAUCGCAUGUCUGAGAGGAUCCUAAAUCUCACCCUGGAGAUCAUCUACCUGCUGACUGGGGAGGAUUACACAGUUGUGAAGAAGAUAUCUGUUGAGUCUGAGACACCCAGCAUCCGUCCACGUGAGUCAGGGGGACUGAGCAGGACCCAGAGCUCCAUCACAGUGCCUCCACCUCACUCACUGAUACAUGGGAGGCACAAUGACCAGAAGAUCCUAGAACUUACCAAAAAGAUAAUUCAGCUGCUGAUUAGAGAGGAGGAGGAGUAUGUAGAGGAACACAGGGGUCUGUACAAGGACGUGAUGAUGGAGAAUCACCGGCCCCUCACAUCACUGGAUGGACCCAGUAACAGAGAUACCCCAGAGAGAUGUCCCCGUCCUCUGUAUUCCCAGGAUUGUACAGAGGAGAAUCACAGGAUCCCACAGGAGGAUCAGGUUGAAUAUCUGACUAAUAUUAAGAUAGAAAAUAAAAGGGAGGAAGAAGAGACGUAUGAGACUGAUAAUAAGGCAGAAGAUAUACAGGGGGAAGAGCAGACGUAUUUGACUGAUAAUAUGGUAGAAGAUAUGGAGGAGGAAGAGGAGACAUACCCGAGGGGUGAGCAGCAGUGUGAGGAGGAGGAAAUCCUUACAGAUAUCAGCACAGAUGGUCCCAUGAAGAGGACAGGCUCCUACAGAAAGUCCCCUCACAAAGAUGAAUGUAAGAGAAGAAAUAUAUGUGCUGAACAUCCCAUUGUAUCUCCAGAUUGUGAAAUAGAAGAUAAAGACACCACACAAGAUUCUCCGAGAGAAAAUCCUGUGGGCCCAAUUACACAUCCAGUGCUUCACAGUGUUAAUAUAUCAUCUGUUACUGCUAACCUUGAGGAAUGUUCUACUGAUACCUCAGAUGUUGGUCCAUCUGUCAUAGCUCUUAGAGUAGAUAGAACAUUUCCCAGUUCUGCAUAUGCCAAAUGUUUCACAAACAGCACAAAGCUUAUUACCCAUAAGCCACCUAAGACAGGUGAGAGGCCAUUUCCAUAUUCUGAUCACAGGCAGUGUUUUACACUCAAAUCAGAUCUUGUUAGAGACGACAGAACUUACACAGGUGAGAAGCCAUUUCCAUGCUCUGAAUGUGGGAAAUGUUUUACAAACAAAUCAGCUCGUGUUGUACAUCAGAGAAGUCACACAGGUGAGAAACCAUUUCCAUGCUCUGAGUGUGGGAAAUGCUUUACACAGAAAUCAUCUCUUAUUAUACAUGAGAGAAGUCAUACAGGAGACAAACCAUUUCCAUGCUCUGAGUGUGGGAAAUGUUUUACUUUCAAAGCAGAUCUUUUUAGACAUCAGAGAACUCACACAGGUGAAAGGCCAUUUCCAUGCUCUGAGUGUGGACAGUGUUUUACACAGAAAUCAUCUCUUGUUAUGCAUGAGAGACGUCAUACAGGUGAGAAACCAUUUCCAUGCUCUGAGUGUGGGAAAUGUUUUAGACGCAAAUCAUAUCUUGUUAUACAUGAGAGACGUCAUACAGGUAAGAGGCUAUUUACAUGUUCUGAGUGUGGGAAAUGUUUUACACAGAAAGUAGCUCUUGUUAAUCAUGUGAGACAUCAUACAGGAGAAAGGCCAUUAACAUGUUCUGAAUGUGGAAAAUGUUUUAUGUACAAAUCACAGCUUGCUGAACAUCAGAAACAUCACACAGGUGAGAAGCCAUUUUCUUGCUCUAAGUGUAAGAAAUGUUUUACUCACAAAUCACAGCUUGUUGCACAUGAGAGACAUCACACAGGUGAGAGGCCAUUUUCAUGCUCUGAGUGUAUGAAAUGUUUUGCUGUCAAAUCACGUCUUGUUACACAUCAGAGAAGUCACACAGGUGAGAAACCAUUUCCAUGUGCUGAGUGUGGAGAAUUUUUUACAUACAAAUCAUCUCUUGCUAGACAUGAGAGAACUCACACAGGUGAGAAACCAUUUCCAUGCUCUGAGUGUGGGAAAUGUUUUGCACGAAGGUCAACUCUUGUUAAACAUAAGACAAGUCACUCAGGUGAGAGGCCAUUCCCAUGUUCUGAAUGUGGAAAAUGUUUUAAACUCAAAUCACAUCUUGUUAGACAUCAGAGUAGUCACACAGGUGAGAAGCCAUUUACCUGCUCAGAAUGUGGGAAAUGUUUUACACAGAAAUCAUCCCUUGUUACACAUAAGAGAUGUCACACAGUUGAGAAACCAUUUCCAAGCUCUGAAUGUGGGAAAUAUUUUGCACAAAAAUAAACUGUUGAACUAUAUGCUCAUAUACAAUUUUGCCAUUAUUUUUAUGACUGCAUUUAUUUAUUUUAUUUUGACCAAUGGCGGCACUACUUUAUUACUAUAAGAAUAUGUCAUUACAGUACGUAGGGUUUUUAUAAGGAGGCUUUGUUUUUGCUUUAUAAAUUAGUAACUUGGUAUCUGCAGACCAGGGCUACCAGGAAGGUCCAUUGCUAAUCAAUUGUAGUCAUGUUAACCUUAUUAAAGGACCAGACCCAAUGCUGCCUAGUACAAAGCUACAACUAUAUCCUUGUAUGUUUUAUUUUGUAAAUAACCAUGAUUUGUGUUGAAAUGCAAGAUGUGCUCCAUUACAUCCCACCUGUCUGCUUAUUUCACCUACAGUUCUACAUAAUAUCCAAAAAUCUUCAUAAAUAAUGCACAUAUCUGUAUUAGGGGUCUAUUUACUAAACAUUGGAUGGUGAUAAAGUCGCUCCGGGAGAUAAAGUACCAGCCAAUAUCCUGUGACCAAUCCUGGUGCUCAAAUCUCCGGAAAUACUUAAGUCCUGGCCAUCUGAUGAUAAAGAUUUCUUUUUCAUCCACUAGGGGACACUAGAGUACAUCUUUACAGUGGGUAUAGAAGUGUAGUUACUGGGAGCUGGGCACUUUUAAGACAUUUAGAAGUGUGACUGCUUCUUCACCUCUAUACCCCUCCAAUAAACCAGGCUUAGUUUAGUGCUUGAGGGAGCUGGACAUGUUCUGGUUUUCUCCUUAAGGGGAAGAAAAUGUCUUCAAGCAGCAAGAAGAGAUUACAGGCAGAGGUUGCCCCUGCCUGUUUGCAUCACUGCCGGUGUUCCCUCAACUGCUCGUGGUUCAGGCAGGGACCCCCGGCUCAGAGACCACCAUCUCUAGGGGUACACCAGACCCGCUGCAUUCAGCGUGAGUUAUGGUCCCCUAGCCUUGACCACCACAGGCCAGCUUAAGGGCAACAUUUCAGUAUAAUGCCCCAAUUAGUAGGACACCAAGCAUAAAACAAAUGGUGGUCGUUUAAAAAAAGGCCCCAGAUAUGGUGGGCACGGAGCUAACUCCCGCAGUUCAGCACGCAGCUCCCACAUGCCCCGGCGCCGGAAGUCAGAGCUACCGCUGGCAGAGAGUGCAGGGAACGGGUUGUUAACUACAAACCCUUCUAUAAGCGAUCGGAGGCUGCAGCAGGGAACAGCGCUGAGACUGAAGCUUACAUGGACCGUGAGUCAGUGGUGUAUAGCGGAUCAGGAGAGUCAUUGUGCACAUGUAACAGUAUAAGUUGAGUUACAGUAAUAUUGUGCCUAGCGUGUUUAGUGUUCCUUCUCUGCCCAUCUCUCCUGCCUAUCUUUUUCUCAGUCUCUAGUCUAACACUGUCCACUACGCUACGGUGUUGUUUUGUUGUCAAUGUGUUUAACCAUGGCUGGUUGGGGAUCAGAACCUGCAUAAAAGUCCUUUACUUGCACAAAGUUCACAACUAAAUUCACACAAGAAUAGUCCUCUAGUUCCUUAUACUGUGAAUCGUGUGAUCCUCACACAGGAACACAACAGCAGGACACACCAGUUUGGGCGUCACAGCUCAAUCCCGUUAUGUCUCACUUGACUGCAGUACUAGAAGCCUCUCGUAAAGAGAGGGAGGCUGCUAGGCAGGUGUGACCGGACGGCUCCGUAUGAAAGCCCUCGCGUCCCACCCAGUCACAGAAUGGAGUUUAGAUCACACGGGACCUGGCCAAUUAGUGGAUUCCUGCUUACCAUCAGUAACCACCUGUUGCUGACUCCACCCACUUGCCGUGGCAUCUGGAAUCACUGUUCUGCUCAGGCUUCUACCGCCAGCACCUGAAAACUGCUGUGUAUACAUCGUACCACUAGCCACACCUCCUGUCUGGCAUCAGUUGUCUCCCACUGAUCCUAGACCAGAUCCAGUAGGGUAGCCUGGCAGAGGGUUGAAAUUGGAGACGCUAGGUUUCCCCAGACAGGUGAAAAAUGGAGAUAUGUUUGGCACAGUCCUGCAGGUCACAGGAUGAAGCAGUCCUCUUGAGGCAGAAGAUGUUUAUUUGCCCACAUAAGGCCUAAUUCAGACCUGAUCACUAGCAAUUUUUUCACUGCUGCAAUCAGAUAAUCGCCGCCUACAGAGGGAGUGUAUAUUAGCUGUGCAAGUGUGCAAACGCAUGUGUAGCAGAGCUGUACAAACAGGUUUUGUGCAGUCUCUGCGCAGCCCAGCAUUUACUCAGACGCUGCGAUCACAUCAGCCUGUCCGGGACCGGACUUGACAUCAGCAACCCUCCCUGCAAACACAUGGACACGCUUGCAUUUUUUCCAGACACUCCCUGAAAACGGUCAGUUGCCACCCUCAAAUGCCUUCUUCCUGUCAAUCUCCUUGCAUCUGCCGUGCGAACGGAUCCGUCACACAAACCCAUCGCUUGGCGUUGAUCCGCUUUGUACCUGUGCGUUGCGACUGCGCAUUGCGGUGCACGCACAGUUUGGACCUGCGAUCAGGUCUGAAUUACCCCUGUAGUUCUAAAAAGAACUCAGCAGUACAGCAGAUGUUUACAGCAGAAAGUAUUUCAUAUACUACACCUUUACACAGGGCAGUAGCCCUCCUUUCAUUUUACUCCAGUACACAUACCACAGGGGGUAAGCCCACCCUGAGUCUUUUCCGUCCAAUCAAGAUAUCUUACAAAAAAUAAAUAAAUUACAUUUUGAAAGGCUUUAAUUACUGCAUAAAGCAAUUUCCUCCUUCCUGUCACACACAAAGUUUGGUGUCCAUUAAACUACUUCCUUUACCACCUGGCAGUUUACAAUUUGCCUUUGAUACAUUUAUCACAUAGCUUAUCAAAAUACGGUAUGUAUUUGAUUUCUCAAACAAAUGUUCCUCAUCCUUUUCCUGCAUAUACCAUUCAGGAUUCGUAUAUCAAUCAAACCAGCUACAUAAAUAAAUACAGGUUCCAAACCCAAUCUGACACCUUACAUAUGGAAUAAAGAAAUCCCCUUUAUUAACACCUUUGUCUAAGGAACUCACACUCCCAGCAUAUUAACUGCUGUGCGCUGUCCCACAUCAGAAGGUUUUGUCAUUCACCAGAUCUGCUAGGAUAUGGCAAUUAGCAUCCCAUCUUCUAGUCACAGAAGAUAGGGAAUCCUUAUUCAGUCAUAUAUAGUAAGUGCAUUGUUUCCCUUUUAAAAUACAUGUGAGCACAUCUUAAAUAUAAACAUGCAAUCCUAUAACUGCACUACAUAUGACAUGUUAAAACAUAUCAUUUAAAAAUUGUCGUCAAGCACCCAUUGCCUCUGUAAAAUGGUGCCGGGCAGGGAGGGUUAACCCCUUCAGCGCCGCACCACCAUUAACCAUGUGGCCGACAGAGUCUCCGGCCACAGCAGGUAACUGUCCCCUCACCAGAUCCUGAACCAGCCUGGGCUCAAGCCUUAGCUAGGUCAGUGGAAGGGCUCACUAAGAUCAUAGCCCUAUCACUCUCUGUAGCCCCUCAGGCCUCCAAAAAGAGGCAGCUACCCUCAGUCCUACAGUCAGACGACUCAGAGGAUGACAGGUUGCUCCUCUAGAGGAGGGCAAGUUCUCUGAUUCAGGGGAGGAACAGGUCCCGAAAGAGCCGGAACCUAUAUCACAGGACAUAGAGGCAUUGAUAACAGCUGUACACCAGGUUUUAAAAGUAGAAGAAGAGGACCAAGGUCCGUCAACAGCCUAUCUUUGGUAAAAAAAAAAACAGCUGACUUUUUUACUGUAUCUGAGGAACUGGAUUCUAUCCUGACCUCUGCAUGGAAACACUCAGAUCUAAAAUUCAAGUGUCCUGUCGAUUCUUAUCAACAUAUCCCUUUCCACCAGAUAGUAGAAUAGCAUGUGAGAGUCCACCUAAGAUAGAUCAUUCAGUGUCUCAUCUGUCUAAGAAGACUGUACUGCCAGCACCAGCAGCCACCUCCUUAAAGGAGGCAUCAUACAGGAAAUUGGAGAACACAUUAAAAUUGAUUUACACAUUUGCAGGAGUAACCCCACAUCCUGCAAAUGGUAGGCUGCUGGGUAAAUAAGACCAUUGAAACAUGGGCAAGACAAUUAGCUGAAGGUAUAAAAGCAGGAUUUCCACAAGAGGAAGUUUAUUUGGAGGAUGCAUCUAAGGAGGAAUGUACUCUUGUGUCCAGGUCCUCCGCAUUAGCAGUGUCGGCCCGCUGAGCUCUCUGGCUACGACACUGGCAAGCAGACACAGAAUCCAAAAAAGCAGUGGAAACUUUGCCAUUUUGGGGAAAUGUUCUCUUUGGAGAAGAACUAGAUAAGUGGAUCUCAAAUGCAACUGGGGGUAAGUCUACUUUUCUCCCCUUAGCGGCAACACCCACUAGGAAGAUAUAUUCUGGGUCCUUCCUUUCGUGCCACAUGGAGAUCCAGAGGUUGCUCCAGAGGAGGAUCAACACUUUCCCGUGGUUUCAGAGGACACGGCAGAGCAACUUCAAGCUCAUCCUUCCAGGACACCAAAUCUACCACACAACCUAGCACAUGACGGCUUUCUCUCUGACCUGGGGUACCCCAGAGUGGGAGGACAUCUGCGGGACUUUGCGAAUGUCUGGACAGAGACAUGCCAAGAUGCCUGGGUUCAGGACCUCAGCAUCCUGUGGUAAAAACUUGAUUUUAAGUUUCAACCUGCACCUCAGUUUUUAACCACAGGUUUGCCAGUUUCCAAUGACAGGAGUGUUGUCCUCCAGGAGGCUAUAGAAAAGCUUCUAAUGGCAAGAGUGUUGAGACCUGUACCCAGACAUCAACAAAAACAGGUGUUCUACUCCAGUUUGAACAUGGUACUGAUGCCAGAUGGUUCGGUCAGACCCAUUCUGAACUUGAAGGAUCUCAACCACUUAUUGAGAAGUUGCAAGUUCAAGAUGGAGUACGAUUGCUCAGUGAUUGCAGGGUUGGAGUCAAAUGAGUUCUUGGUGUUGUUGGACAUAAAGUAAGCUUAUCUACACAUACUCAUCUGGCCACCACACCAGAUGUACCUGUGAUUCGCAAUUCAAAAUUCACAUUACCAGUUCCAAGCCUUACCCUUCGGCCUGUCAUUGGUGCCCAGGGUAUUCAUGAAGGUUAUGGCGGUAAUGAUGGCUCUUCUAAGAUCACAGGGGAUCACGGUCACCCCAUACCUGGAUGGAUGAUAUUCUCUUAAAAGCUUCCUCCAGAGACCAAUUAAUUCAAAACAUAGGGGUAACACAGAGGCUCCUCAUAAGACAUGGGUGAAUCCAAAACUUUGCAAAAUAUCAGUUACAGCCAACACAGAGACUGUAGUUUAUGGGCAUGAUUCUGGACACGGCAAGACAAAAAAAAUUCUUCCCUCAGGAUUAAAAUAGAGCCAUUCAGGAAAUUGUAAGGAAGGUACUGUAACACAUAAGAGUCUUGGUACACUUAUGCAUAAGACUUCUAAGGAGGAUGGUGGAGGCCUUAGAAGCAAUUCCAUACAGCCAUUUUCAUUCAGGACCAUUUCAACUGAACCUUCUGUCUCAAUGGUCAGGAUCCCAUUUGUUCCAUCACCAGACAGUGAAACUAGCCCCUAGAACUCGGAUAUCUCUCCUUUGGUUGCUGACCUCAUUUCACCUAAUGGAAGGCAAGAGGUUCGAAGUGUGAGAUUGGACUCUCCUCACCACAGACACAAGCCUAUGAGGAAGGGGAGCAGUGACUCAGAACACUCACUACCAGGGCUGUUGUACUCCUCAAGAAACAACACUGCCAAUAAACAUCCUAGAACUAAGAACAGUGUUCUUUGCACUACAGUUGGCACACCAUCUGUUGCUGGGCCAAGCUGUCCGAGUCAAGUCAGACAAUGCUACAGUAGUGGCUUACAUAAACCGACAAGGCGGCACCAGAAGUCAAGCAGCAAUGAGAGAGGUAAGCCGCAUACUCCGGUGGGCGGAGGAACAUGCCAUAGCAAUGUCAGCAAUAUUCAUUCCAGGCGUGAAAAAUUGGGAAGUCGACUACCUCAGUUGGCAGGAUGUAGAUCCAGGGGAGUGGACUCUACAUCCUCAAGUGUUCCAACAAUUAGUCCAUUGGUGGAGCCUUCCAACAAGUCGACCUUAUGGCAUCCAGUCAAAAUCACCAACUACCAAGAUAUCACUCUCGAACAAGGGAUCCAGCAGCAGAGGUAGUAGACACUCUAAUGUCUCCCUGGCAGUUCCACUUUGUCUACCUAUUCCCACCAUUUCCUCUGCUGCCUCACCUUUUUCAGCGCACCAAAAGAGAAAAGGACUUAGUUCUAUUAGUGGCCCAAGAUUGGCUAUGCAGAACUUGCUACUCUAACAUUCGGCUGCUUCUAGUAGAUGAUCCGAGGCCUCUACCGCUGCAAGACAACCUUCUUCAACAAGGUCCUUUCAUCUAUCCAGACUUAAGGUGGCUUAAUUUGAUGGCGUGGCUUUUGAGUGGGCAAUCCUAAGGAGAAAGGGUAUUCCAUUGAUUUUUAUACCUACAAUGCUUAGGGCUCUAAAGGUUACUUCAAAACACUACCAUCGCAUCUGGAAGGUGAAGCCUGUUGUGAAUGUUGGGGAGAGUCUCCAAUUGUCUUCAAGAUGCCUCGGCUACUUCUUUUCCUGCAGACAGGGUUUUCUGCUGGAUUAAGGCUAGGAUCUCUGAUGGUACAGGUCUUUGCAUUAUCUAUUUUCUUCUAAAAGAAACAGGCAUUAACUCCAGAAGUUCAGAUAUUUCUUCAGGGAGUUGUCCAUCUACAACCACCUUUUAUUCUGCCCACUGCUCUGUGGAAUCUGAAUAUUGUCCUUUAAUUUUUAGUGAUCCCUGUGCUUCAGCCAGGAGGGAGUCAGAACUCGGAACUCUCUCCUCUCGUCCUCCAUAUUUAAUAUUCCAUGGGGAUAAGGCUGCACUCCACAAAAGGAUGUAAUUCCUUCCAAAGGUGGUCUCAGCAUUCCACAAUAACCAACCUAUUGUGGUACCGGUUCUUCCAGAAGAUUCUCCUGCUUCUAAAUCCCUGGACAUCAUCAGGGCUCUCAAUAUCUAUGUGGAAAGAACUGCUUCUUAAAGGAAAUCGGAUUCAUUAUUUGUUUUGUAUGAUAUCGCUCGACCAGGCUGGCCAGCUUCAAAGCAAACAUUGGCAUGAUGGAUACAUUUGACCAUCACACAGGCUUAUAUAGUCAUCCAGGGAGCCUCCAGCUUCCAUUACAGCACAGUCUAUAAGCUCCUAUCAGGCAGAGGUGUUCGCGGGGCGGGGGGAUGCAACGCUCCAUUUCCCAGGCGGAGACGGAGCGUUGCAAGGACGGAAGUGGUCAAACGGCGGAGGAAUCAUGGAAAUGGGGGGCGUGGCAUGAGCGUGAUCACGGCGGCUGCUUGACAUCGCGCGCACCCGCCGUGAUCAGAAUGGUGGCAGCAGGCCUCCUGCAGCCACAGCCAAGCUGCGCCGGCAGGAGGCAACCUUAAUUUCUACAAUGAAGCAGAAAUUGUGAUGCGAUUGCAAUUUUUGCUUCAUCAAGGGGAGAGGCGGCGGUUAGCAUGCUAGGUGGCCUUGCUUUGCAAUGGGUGACCCCCAGCAUGCACUCACAUGGAUUGCUAAUUAGCAGAAUUUGCAAUCCAACCUGAAUGAGGCCCACUGGACGCCCACCCUGCACUGUUCAAUCCUGCCGUGGUUAUUGCCCUACUGCUCCAUUGCACCAGGACCGACAUCACUGCUGGCUAAAGAAGUAUUUAGACUCCAUCACAGCUGGCCAGCUGACAGCUGAAGUAUUUGAUUACAUCCUAUACUGAACAGUACACAUUUUGUAUUUAUUUAUAUUUACGUUUUUUAUGUGAGCACAGCACAAUGUAAGUGCUAGAGCUGUGGGGGGACACCACAUAUACCCCACCUGGACAUUCCAAAUCCAUUCCAUCCACUAUUAGCACAUAUGAGUUCAAAGUCUUGUGUGAAGAUCUACUGGAUAAACAAAUAAGUCAUUAAACAACAAAUACAAAUAGACAUUGGGGUUAAUUCAGAGUUGAUCACCGCAGCAAAUUUGUUAGCAGU